AUGAGGACCUCUGUUUCUAUCCUUGUCAUUACUCUUGCAGGCACUGCCAUUGCCGCUCCCUUCGUUGGGCCCAAGAACUCCAAUGGCACCUAUGUCUUCCCAACUUCCUCGGGCAUCGUGACUCCUUCUCUGGUUCCCACCAGCAGCCCGCUCCCCAAUCCUUUGGCUCCCUCCAACAGCACUUUCCUGCCCACGCCGGUGAUUGAUUCGGAGCCUGCGGAUUUCAAGCGCGGUGACUCUCUGGCUAUCCCAACGGAUCUGGCAUCUCUUUUGUCGGAUGCCCACUCUGUGGAGGCGGCCCUCGCAUCCGCUGGCGGCCAGAAGAAGCGCAGCGAGUCUCUUUCCAUCCCCACGAAUCUUCCUUCUCUGAUCUCCGAUGCCGAAUCUGUAGCCGCUGCUCUAGCCUCCAGCGGUGCUCAGAAACGUGGCGAGUCUCUGUCCAUUCCCACAGAUCUGCCAUCUCUGCUCUCCGAGGCUCAGUCCGUGGCCGCGGCUCUUGCGUCGGCCGGCGCCCAGAAGCCUUUGAAAUUACGGCCUCUCCUCGAUGCGCACUUUGGCCCCAUCUCUGGCUUCGACAUCUAUUAG